AUGUGCUUAGGAGCUCACACCAGUGGUGCAUAUACUUCGCUGUUGUCGCUCGCUCCGCAAUUUACCCCAACGUUGUCAUCUAUUAGUGUCAGUACUUCUAUGUUGGCUCAACUGACUACACCGUUUAUGGUGUCCAUCGUCAAUUCUUCGGGCAGCAUGCAAGAAUGGAACAACCUGUUUUUGCUCACUGCUUUAAUGUGCGUAUUUUCUGGAGCAAUUUUCGUUAUAUUUGGAUCAGGCGACGUUCAAGAGUUUGCAAGAUCACGGAGCGAGGAUAAAGAGCUUGCCGCAGAGGGCAACUUGUUAUCUCCUUAUAGUACUGGAGGCUUAAGAGCUGAUUCUGUGUCAAUGUUAUAA